AAUGGUAUCAAAAUGGCCACUGAGUUGUUUUGUUGUUUAGAUUUAUCAAUGCUAUUGAUAAAUUUUUCGAGUUAAGUUCACGUUUGAACGUGUUUUGUAUUCUAAACGAGUGUACGAAGACCGAUUAAAAAUAACGGGGAAAAAGAAGAAAAGUAAAAUGGCUAGUCCAUCGCCGCAAAGCAGCCCGAUGCCUCCACCACAGGCACCGAGCCCAAUGGGACCUCCAUCUCAAAGUCCCGCACCCUCCCCAUCCCCUCACAGUCCUUACCAACAGCCUCCGCCUCAUAAUAUGGGACCUUCUGGACCUCCAAUGGGUCCAAUUCCACCCGUUGGAGGUCCCCCAAGUCACUUAACAGGUCCACCUGGGCCACCUCCGCACAUGGCACCUCAACCUCCUCAUCCAUCCAUGUCUCCACAUGGGCCUCCUGGACCACCAGGUCAUCAAGUUUUACCUCCUGGUGGUCCACCACCUCAAGGGCACAUGGGAGGUCCUCCUGGGGGACCUGGAGGACCUCCGGGUGGCCCGCCACCAAUGCAACCACAUCCUCAAGGACCCCCUGGUGGACAUCCUGGAAUGCCGGGGAUGCCGCCUGGAGGCGGAGGGCAGCAUAUGGGACAAGGACCUGGGGGGCCACCACCGCAGGGACCAAUGCCGCCUCAUGGACAUGGGGUUGUUGGGGGACAAGGACAAGGAUAUCCACCGCCGCCACCUCCCCAUGGAAUGCAUCCACAACAAGGACCACAGAAUCCUUCAUCUUCACCGGGACCUCAAGGGCCACCUGGCCCUCCUGGAGGUCCGCCACCUUCCGGACAACAACAAUUGCCUCCUCAGGGGCAACAAGAAAACUUGAACGCGUUACAAAGAGCUAUUGAUUCAAUGGAAGAAAAGGGGAUGCAAGAAGAUCCAAGAUAUUCGCAAUUACUGGCGUUAAGGGCGAGAUCGAAUGGAAAUUCAGUAUUUAAUAGUGGCCAAAUGGGGCAGUUAAGGGCUCAAAUAAUGGCUUAUCGAAUGUUGGCGCGAAAUCAACCCAUAAAUCAACAAUUGGUAAUGGCUGUCCAAGGGAAAAGACCGGAUGGAACUCCUCAGUGCCCAACACCACCAAGUAGUCCAUUUCAGCCCAAUUCCGGUGGACCACAACCAGCACAGGGUUCUGGGCCUCCGGGAGGCGGUGAUAGUGGGGAUUCAUCCUCUCCUGACAACUCCGUUCCGCCGCAAAUGCGUCCACCGGGGCCUCCAGGUCCUCCUGGGCCUCCUGGAGGACCUCCCGGUGGACCGCCUGGAUCUUUGGGGCACCAGGGACCGCCGCAUCAAGGUCCUUCCGUACAUCCAGGAAAUCACCCAGGACCUGGAAAUCAUCCGGGACCUCCUAAUCAUCCUGGGAGUCAUCAAAGUCAUCAAGGAGGUCAUCCUGGGCAAGGAAGCCACCCCGGAGGGCCACCAAGUCAUCCUGGAGGUCAUCCCGGAAGUCAUCCUGGGGCUCAUCCAGGUCCUCAUCAAGGCCCACCUAAUCAUGGAGUACCUCAUCAAGGACCUGGUGGGCACCCCGGAGGAAUGCAAGGACCUACGAAUCAUCCAGGAAGCCAUGCUGGUCCGCAUCAUGGGCCACCACCAGGUUCUGGACACCCAGGAAGUCACCCCCAAGGUCCUCCUAUUCAUCAUCAAGGACAUCCAGGGGGGCCACCGAAUGUAACUGCUUCUCAAGGACCCCCUGGUGGACCUUCUGGAGCUCCACAAGGGCUCCCAGGUGGACCGCCAGGUUUAUCUGGUGGGCCGCAAGGUCUUCCUGGUGGGCCGCAAGGUCUUCCUGGAGGUCCUUUGGGUCUUCCAGAUGGUCCACAAGGCGGUCAAGGGUUACCGGGAGGUCCUCAAGGUUUACCAGGUGCUCCUCAAGGACUACCAGGUGGUCCUCAAGGACUUCCCGGAACUCCUCAGCGGUUAUCAGGGGCUCCUCAAGGUCUUCCUCCAGGCGGAAUUCCCCCACAAGGUGCGCAGGGACCGCCGGGAGGACCUCAACAGUCUCCCGGUCUUCCCAAUUCGCAAAAUUCUCAAAGUACUCAAGGUCCUCCUCAAAGUAUGCCUCAAGUGGGCCCCCAAGGUGGUGGAAUACAAACCCAAAUUCAAAGUGGGCAAAACCUUCAAACUCUUCAAGGACCCCCUCAAGGUCCGCCUCAAAUGGGGCAACCAGGAGGUCCAAGCAUGGGACCGCAACACCAUCAGCAAAGUCAAGGUGGCCAAGGACUACAGCCAAAUCAAGCAGGAACUGGUCAAGGUGUUCGUCCUGGUCCUCCAGGUCAAGCGGGUCCUCCUGGACAUCCACAACAAGCCGCUCAGCCACCUGCGCAACCCGGACAGCCUCAAAAUCAAUCCCAACAGGCGCCACCAGGAAAGCAGAAUCGUGUCACUACGAUUUCAAAACCAUGUGGGAUAGAUCCAUUAAUUAUUUUACAAGAACGUGAAAAUCGGGUUGCAUCUCGAAUAGCCGCUCGAAUCGAUCAACUCAACAAUCUUCCAACAAAUAUGCCGGAUGAUUUACGUAUUCAAGCUCAAAUCGAAUUACGUGCUUUGCGUUGUUUAAAUUUUCAACGUCAAUUGCGUAGCGAAAUAAUCGCGUGUACGCGUAAAGAUACCACUUUAGAAACUGCAGUUAAUAUAAAAGCUUAUAAACGAACCAAACGACAAGGUUUAAGAGAAGCUCGAGCUACUGAAAAAUUAGAAAAACAACAAAAAUUGGAAGCGGAGCGAAAGAGACGACAAAAACAUCAAGAAUUUUUGACAAGCGUUUUACAACACGGUAAAGAUUUCAAAGAAUUUCAUCGUAAUAAUCAAGCCAAAAUGGUUCGUUUAAAUAAAUCGGUUAUGAAUUAUCAUUUGAAUGCUGAAAGAGAGCAGAAAAAAGAACAAGAAAGAAUCGAGAAAGAGAGAAUGAGGCGGUUAAUGGCUGAAGAUGAAGAAGGAUAUCGGAAGUUGAUUGAUCAGAAAAAGGAUAAAAGAUUAGCGUUUUUGUUGUCGCAAACCGACGAAUACAUUUCGAAUUUAACUGAAAUGGUUAAGCAACAUAAAAUGGAACAAAAACGGAAACAACAAGAAGAAGAAAAACGAAAGAAGAAAAAGAGAACGUUGGAGAAUCUACAAAACUCAUUAGAUUUGAAUAAAAAGUUGACUUUAAUGGAAACUUCGACUGGAAAAAUUAUUACCGGUGAUGAAGCCCCGAAUCUUAGCCAAUUGCAAACUUUCUUAGACCAAAAUCCUGGAUGGGAAGUUGUUGAAAGUGAUGAGGAAGACGAAGAUGACGAUGAAAACGGAGAAAAUUCCGAAUCCGCCCUCCACAAAGUGAAAAAACACGUCCCGGAGGAAGAUAAAACGAAAACUGUUAUUAAAAAGGCUAAAGUUGAAGAUGAUGAAUAUCACAAAAACGCAAAUGAAGAACAAACAUAUUACAGCAUUGCCCAUACUGUUCAUGAAAUUGUCACGGAACAAGCAUCGAUUAUGGUUAACGGAAAAUUAAAAGAGUACCAAACGAAAGGUUUAGAAUGGUUAGUUUCGUUAUACAAUAAUAAUUUAAAUGGAAUAUUGGCCGACGAGAUGGGUUUGGGGAAAACUAUCCAAACGAUUGCGUUAAUUACGUAUUUAAUGGAAAAGAAAAAGGUUAAUGGGCCGUUUUUGAUCAUUGUCCCACUAUCAACCCUUUCAAAUUGGGUAUUAGAAUUCGAAAAAUGGUCUCCAUCCGUCGUUGUUGUCUCUUAUAAAGGUUCACCUGCUGGACGUAGAGCAAUACAAUCUCAAAUGCGCUCGACUAAAUUCAACGUUUUAUUAACCACCUAUGAAUAUGUUAUUAAAGAUAAAGGUGUAUUAGCAAAACUCCAAUGGAAGUAUAUGAUAAUUGAUGAAGGUCAUCGUAUGAAAAACCACCAUUGUAAAUUAACCCAAGUAUUAAAUACCCAUUAUUUGGCUCCACAUCGUUUAUUGUUAACUGGAACGCCGUUGCAAAAUAAAUUACCAGAAUUAUGGGCGUUAUUAAACUUUCUUUUACCGUCUAUUUUUAAAAGUUGUUCGACGUUCGAGCAAUGGUUUAACGCCCCAUUUGCAACAACGGGUGAAAAAGUCGAGUUGAACGAAGAAGAAACGAUUUUGAUUAUUAGGAGAUUGCAUAAAGUGUUGAGACCGUUUUUGUUGAGGCGAUUAAAGAAAGAGGUCGAAUCGCAAUUGCCGGAUAAAGUAGAGUAUAUUAUCAAAUGUGAUAUGUCAGGUUUACAAAGAGUUUUGUAUAAACAUAUGCAAAGUAAAGGAGUUUUAUUGACAGAUGGAUCAGAAAAAGGUAACAAAGGUAAAGGAGGUGCAAAAGCGUUAAUGAACACCAUCGUACAAUUACGAAAACUCUGUAAUCAUCCGUUUAUGUUUCAAAACAUCGAAGAAAAAUACUGCGACCAUUUAGGUCUGGCGGGGGGUGUCAUUUCCGGUCCAGAUAUUUAUCGCGCGAGUGGAAAAUUCGAAUUAUUAGAUCGCAUUUUACCCAAAUUAAAAGCUACUAACCAUCGCGUACUGCUGUUCUGUCAGAUGACGCAAUUAAUGACCAUCAUGGAGGAUUAUUUGAAUUGGCGUGCUUUCGGAUACUUAAGAUUGGAUGGAACAACGAAAGCGGAAGACCGUGGGGAUUUAUUAAAAAAGUUUAACAUGAAAAAUAGCGAAUAUUUCAUUUUUUUGCUUAGUACUAGAGCCGGCGGUUUGGGUUUAAACUUGCAAAGUGCCGAUACUGUUGUUAUAUUCGAUUCAGAUUGGAACCCACAUCAGGAUCUCCAAGCUCAAGAUCGAGCCCAUAGAAUCGGCCAACAAAACGAAGUGCGUGUUUUACGUUUAAUGACCGUAAAUUCAGUUGAGGAACGAAUUUUAGCGGCAGCCCGAUAUAAAUUAAAUAUGGACGAAAAGGUUAUUCAAGCCGGUAUGUUCGAUCAAAAGUCUACCGGUUCAGAACGACAACAAUUCCUUCAAAGUAUUUUACAUCAAGAUGGAGACGAUGAAGAGGAAGAGAAUGAAGUUCCCGACGAUGAAACUGUAAAUCAAAUGGUUGCGAGAAGCGAAGCUGAAUUUGAAUUAUUCCAAAAAAUGGAUUUAGAACGUCGUCGAGAAGACGCUCGGUUAGGUUCUGCGCGAAAAUCCCGUUUAAUCGAAGAAUCUGAAUUACCUGAUUGGUUAGUUAAAGAAGAUGAUGAAGUCGAAACAAGUUGGAAAUACGACGACCCAUCAACAAACGCGAGCGAAGAAAACUUUUUGGGGCGAGGAACGCGUCAACGCAAAGAAGUAGAUUACACAGAUAGUUUAACCGAAAAGGAAUGGUUGAAAGCGAUCGAUGAAACUGGCGAUUAUGACGACGAAGAUGAAGAAGAGGAACAAAAGAAAAAGAAACGUGGUAGGAAGAAACGAAAACGAGACGAUUCCGAUGAAGAUGUCGUCGUUCCAAUUAGUUCUAGUAAUAAAAGGCGCCGUGGUGGGGGUGGAAAUGGUGUUGAUGCGAAAUUGAAGCGGCAAAUGAAUAAAUUGAUGAAUAUUGUGUUGAAAUAUACUGAUAGUGAUGGUAGAUUGUUGAGUGAGCCAUUUAUGAAAUUGCCACCUAAGAAAGAUUAUCCCGAUUAUUACGAUAUUAUUAAAAAACCGAUCGAUAUGACGAAGAUUGUUAAUAGAAUCGAUGAAGGAAAGUACACGGAUAUGACGGACUUAGAACGCGAUUUCAUGCUUUUAUGUCAAAACGCUCAGAUUUAUAACGAAGAAGCCUCAUUAAUACAUGAAGAUAGUAUCGUGUUACAGUCGGUUUUCACCAAUGCUAAACAGCGCAUCGAGAACGAUUCUUCAUCUUCGUCAUCAAAUUCGGGUGGCAUGGCUGGGAUGGGUGCUGGAAUGUCAGGAACAGGACAAAUGUUGGAUUCGGACGAUGAUGAUAAUAAAUCAGACACCGAUUCAACGGUUAAAAUGAAGAUCAAACUUAAAGGGAGGAAAAGCGGCGGGGGUUCUUCCGGUAGAAGGAAAAGAACCGCGAAAAAAUAUGUUUCGGAGGACGACGACGACGAUGAUGAUUGAAAGUUUAAAAUGAUUAAUAAAAGGUAAUUUACGAUUUUUUGUGAUUAGGUUAUGAAUUAAGAUGCUGAUAGUCAGAAAAUAUUUAGAAUCUUUUAGUUAAUGUUUUCUCAAAUUAAAAAUUCAGCACUUUACGUUAAAAAAUGUUUGUAGCCUUUAUUAACUAAAAUCUUAAAAGGGCUAUUGAUGUUUACAUAUAAAUAUAUAUAGGCAAAAAAUAUAUUUGCUGACGUAACCGUAAACUUAGAAUUUAAAUUUCUGUAUGUAUUUCUAAGAAAUAUAUAAAUGGUUUAAAAUUCAAUAAAAAGUUUCAGACAAAAAGGGUUCAUGUGAUAUCCUUUUCCUUUCAUGAUUUUCAAUGAUGCUUAACAUUUAUAUUUUAGAAUUAUUUUCGUUUUGGAAAGUCAUUGUUUAAAAAUUUAUAUUUAAAAUAUUUUAAUGUUUUUCAGAAGGAGAAUAAAACUGUAUGGAUACAAGAUA